AUGCCUCCAAAGAAAAAGGCAGGUGCGAAAAAGAAAGAAAAAGAUAAGAAAAAGGAGGAGGCCGAAACAGAAGAGUUGACGGAGCUUGACAAGCAUUAUUAUCUGAGCCAAAUCGAGGCUCAGGCUAGCCAGCUCGCGGCGCUGAGCGCACGUUGUCGCCUGCUGGAGGAAGCUGAGGCACAGGCGAGACUCAGGCACGAUCAGCUGCUGCAAGACAAGGUUGACGUCACAUCGCUGCUCAGGAACAGAUUGAAGGCAAGAGGCGGUGAGGCUGAGGAGCUGCAGUCCAGACUCAGGGCGCUGCUCAUGAAAGGCGAUGAAGAGCGGCAGCUUUAUGAGGAGCGAUUAAAAGAACAGCAAAAGACUGCACACGAAGAGCAAUUGAAUCUGAAGGACCGACUCAUAGCUCUCUCCAGGCAGCUCGAGAGUCUCGAAGAGUUCCGGCUCAGCAAGGACCAGCUCGAGUCGCAACUUGAGGAACUCAAGUCAUCGCUGCAACUUGAGAGCCAGCAACACCAGGAGCAGAUCAGCAAGCUGGAACGCUCUUCCAUCCAAGAAUCAGAAGCCCUGAAGUCCGAGGUCGAGCUGCGAGUCACCAACCUGGCGAGCAAGUUCCGUCGAGCGGCGGCCGCUGAGAUGCACUCAACCACCAGACGCGCCCUGCACCACAACCAGGCGCUGACGAGCGUCCUAGAGACCCUGCGAGCGCGGCUCCUACACCUGCGGGAGGAGAACCACAGCUUAAAAGAUCAGCUACAGAGCGCCAAGGUAAAGGAAAAAAUCCAGAAGAAUCUGGCAGAGGAGUUAGCGAUGAGGUCACAGAAACGGGGGCUGUUGUUGAGGUGUGUAACGGAGCGAGCAGAGCAACACAUCACACAACAUGAGGAAGACAUUCGACACCUCAGUGACGUUGAGCAGCUGAGGAAAGAUUUGCGUCUGCAGCAAGCUCAGCUGGAUGCUACAACAGAACUUAUAAGUCAGCUUAAAGAGAAGGCUUUAGAACGAGACGUGGCUUUGGAAUUGACGGCUGUGCGGCUACAGGAAGAAGAUGUCUUGAAGAAAUCGCUCCUACGAACUGUCCGUAUGGUACUAAGUCUCUUGAAAACUUCUGCUUUCGAAAAUAAUAAGAGUGGCGAUUAUGGUACGUCAUUCUCCAGCCUGAUACGUCAGAUCGUCGAUCUGCUGACGGCAGCAGAAGAGGCAGCGACUGGGGGAGACGUUACGACGUCUGGCGGAGGCAGUGACGCUAUCGCCAACUACGAACAAAGCGACGUACUAAUGCACUACCAAGGAGGCGAUCUGGGCCUGCUUCCGCGGAGUGGCAGGAAUCGGAAGUAG